ACACUGCUAAAUAAGGUGAAGUGUCAUUUUUUAGACAAAUAGGAUCUUUAAAUGCAAAUUCUAUACAACAGAAAGAGAUGCAUAUAAAUAUGCAUGCUUCCUUAAUAUGCCGGCCUUAAUGUUAUUUUCGGUGAUUGCGAAACUGUCAAAGUCAUCCGCUAAUGAAUGACUGAUUGUGAUUUUUUGUGAAAAAUUUAAUUUAUUUUUACUUUAAAGUGUUGUUUUCGUAUUAAUUUCGUUUGUCUGUAUGAAUAGUAGCUUGUAUAAUAAUUAUUUGAGUUAUCAAUUAUUGUUUGAAGUAUAAAAAGUGGUGAAAUCAUGGAAGAUAUUUUCCAAUGGUGUCGCGAAGGAAAUGCCUUGCAGGUGCGCGUUUGGCUGGACGAUACUGAGCAUGACAUGAACCAGGGUGAUGACCAUGGCUUCAGCCCGCUUCACUGGGCAUGCAAAGAAGGCCACAUCAAGAUAGUGGAGCUGUUGAUCAGAAGAGGCGCAAGAAUCAAUGUCACCAACAUGGGGGAUGAUACACCUUUACAUUUGGCUGCAGCGCAUGGACAUAGACCUAUUGUUCAGUUGCUUCUUCAAAACAGAGUAGAUGUAAACUUCACAAAUGAGCAUGGCAACUCUCCAUUGCAUUAUGCUUGCUUCUGGGGCUACAGCGCGAUCGCUGAAGACCUGGUGGUUGCUGGCGCGCUUGUGUCACUCGCUAACAAGGAUGGAGACACACCAUUGGACAAAACUAGGGGUCAACUAGUUCAGAGACUCCACGAGCUUGCCGUGAACCAGGGUCAAGAUCUAAAAAAGAUCCAGUUCAAAGACCAAUCCUGGCUGGGCUUGAAGACGAGAAGCCGCGACGCCACGCUGUCCCGUCAUAAGGGCAUCAAUAUUAAUGAGUUGGCCCUGCACACUAGGAUCGCUGUCACUCCAUCAGGAGAGACGUGGCGCGGACGGUGGCAAAAGAACGACAUUGUGGCGAAGAUAAUCGCAGUUCGCGAGUGCACGCCGCGCAUACAGCGCGACUUCAACGAGGAGUUCCCCAAACUGAGGAUAUUCUCCCAUCCUAAUAUACUGCCUGUGGUGGGCUGCUGCGUGUCGCCGCCGUCGCUGGUGGUGAUCUCGCAGCACAUGUCGUGGGGCUCGCUGCACGCGCUGCUGCACGGCGGCGCGGGCGGCCGCGUGGUGGUGGACGCGGGCGCCGCCGUGCGCCUGGCGCGCGACGUGGCGGCCGGCAUGCAGUACCUGCACUCGCUGCAGCGCGACCGCGUGCUGCCCACCUACCACCUCAACAGCAAGCACAUCAUGAUCGACGAGGAUCUGACGGCGCGUAUAAACAUGGCGGACGCCAAGUUUUCGUUCCAAGAGCGUGGUCGCGUGUACGCGCCGGCGUGGAUGGCGCCCGAAGCAUUAAUGAAGCCCAGCGCCAAGAGGAACUGGGAAGCGGCUGAUAUGUGGAGCUUCGCAGUUCUGCUGUGGGAGCUUGCCACUAGAGAGAUACCCUUCGCUGACCUCUCACCAAUGGAGUGUGGAAUGAAAAUAGCACUCGAGGGCCUAAGAAUUACAAUUCCUCCAGGCAUCUCGCCUCACAUUUCAAAGCUGAUCAAGAUUUGCAUGAACGAGGACCCCGGGAAACGACCUUCCUUCGAGAUGAUCUUGCCUAUACUCGAGAAAAUGAAACGUUGAAAACGA